AUGUUAGCCACCAGUGGAUGGACUCCGGCAAAAAACGAUUUUCGGAAUACGCAUGGAGAAAGCUACAAGGUUGCGAUCAGAGCUACGCUUGUCACGGAUGGCUGGCAGCCUUAUAGAUUACAGAUAUCCCGGGGUCGCAGGGAUAGCUGUAUUCCUGGAUCGAGUGGCGCCCACGAUGCCCUCCAAGAAGAGUGGAAAUGGAUGGACGCGCAGAAAAGGAGCAGGUGCCGCGACAGUUGGGUCGCAGCCACCGCUCUGGGACUGAAUGCCGCACGAGGCAGGCCUUACGCUGCACGAGCUGAUCCAAUUCAUCCUUUUCAAGGAUCGCGAAUGUUACGAUUGCGGCACUCCGGCAAAAAACCGAUCUUCGGGAUGAGGAUGGAGAAGGCAACUAGGCUGCGAUCGGAGCUGCGCCAAGCAUGGAGGGAGAGGUCACCCGGUUUCGCAGGAAUCGCCGUAUUCCUCGAUCAGGUGGCCCCCACGAUGCCGUUCAAGGAUGAAUGGAAAUGGAUGGACGCACAGCAAAGGAGGAUGUGCCGCGACAAUUGGGUCGAAGCCACCGCUCUGGGACUGAAUGCGGCGCGAGGCAGGCCGAUUCCGCUGCACGAGCUGAUCCAAUUCAUCCUUUUCAAGGAUCGCGAAUGUUGCGGGUGCUGGGGGGACGCUUUGAUA